UCCGCUGUUUGAUAGAACGGUGUCUGGAGGCGGAGGGAUCCGCUUGUCAGUGCAGCGGUCCAACGGCCUCGGCUGCCGGGGGUUAGUGAAGAAGCUGGUUUAUACUUUCACAGGAUGGAGGACAGAGUGAACCGUGACUCUUAUUCUACAGUCCCUGUCACCAAAGACAAACUUUCUCCUGAAAGAGACGAGAGUCAGCUGAUUUCUGUCUGGUCAUUUAUUCAUGAAGAUCAGAGUUCAGGUGAAGCAGAAGAGGAACCAACAGUAUUCACUAAGUCUCGUCUGUAUUUGGUGGGUUUGGGGAUUUUUGUUGCCCUGGUAACUACAACACUCAUCUACAUGAGUGUAAAGAUGGCCACGGUGCUGGAAAAUAUCAAGGACCUUAAAAUGAAAAAAAGUCAGCUGCUUCUGGAAACUACGAUAAUGGAGAGACAGAUCAACGCACUCACCCUAGAGAUCGACAAAGAGUGUGGGCCGUGCCCGGAUGACUGGAUUCUCUUCAACCAAAAAUGCUACAUGUUUUACGACGAAGCAGCUCCUUGGAAGACCUGGGAAGAAAGUCGAAGGUUCUGUCAGGACAGAGGAGCAGAUUUGCUUGCAAUUGGUGAUCUGGCGGAGCAGAAAUUUAUCAACAAACACAUCAAAUAUUACCAAAGUGAAUACCACGGAUACUGGAUAGGACUACAACAUGUUAACAACACCUGGACCUGGGUUGAUGGACGAAGAGACACUCUUGGGUUCUGGGCGAAGAACACGGUCACCAGUCCGGGACCAAAAGCUCUGGUGAUUCCAAGUCAAAAUCCCUCAGAGAGCUGGAAGAAAGAAAACAAUGUGUUUAUGAACAAAUUCAUCUGUGAGCAUAAGGCUCGACUGAGGUCCAACUGACCGACUGUCCUCUGAAAGUUUCAUGCAGAAAUGCUCAACUCUGUCGUGAAUUUCUAUAUACAAGUCAUCAUCACCUUAA